CCACCACUAAUUGAUAGUAGCGCUUGAGCCAUUUUAGUUUGUUUGGAAUUGAAAAGUAUUGAAUUAAAAUCAACAAUAGCGACAGUUUGUAUGUGAUUAAUUGACUAACAAUGUCAACAGCGAGCAAGUGCAGUAAGUGCCAAAAAGAGACGACAAGCACAGCAUUGGAUGCUGGGCUUUGCGUGGACUGCUCGCCAGCCCUGGCAGCGUCGCCAACUGCAGCCCUGGGCGCGUCACCUGAAGAAGAUGCUGUAAAAAUGGAGAUUGACACAGACCUCACAACCAACGAGACGAUGGACGAUAUCGACGACCAGGAGAAGUCCACAGCAGAGGUGAAGGAGGAACAACAACAACAGCAGGCACAGCAAAUCAUAUCCAAGGCAAAGUCCGAGGAUGAGCAGGUUGCCAACAAAGCAGCGACUUCCAUGGACGUAGAGAGCGAGGCGGAAGCCAAGCCCACACCCACAGCCACGCCCUCACCCCGCGUGGGCAAGAUCACACGCAGCAGCCUAAAUGGCCAACGUUCGCCCACAGUAAUGAAGCGUCUGCGAAAGAGCACGCGGAGCACACGCUUCAAGGCGAAACUAACGGGCCGCGGCGGCAAUGCGGCCGCUGGCAACGCCGCCAAUGGACACAAUGGUCAGUCAACGGGCGGUGGAGCAACUGGCUCCAUGGCGGGCAACGUAGCCGGCGGCGCUGGCAAGGCACAAAACAAUGCGCGAAGUCGCCGGACACUGUUCAAGAGGCCGGCACAGAAGACACCGCGGAUGCAGGCGGCGACGCGGUUCGUGAAGAGCGUUUUCUACAAGGGAAGCUACAUGCAGAUUGGCGAUAUCGUGAGCAUCGUGGACAGCGAGCAGAAGGUGUACUAUGCCCAGAUUCGUGGCCUGCUCGUGGAUGCGUACUGCGAGAAGUCGGCGUUCCUCACCUGGCUGAUACCCACACAGGACAGUCCCGAUCCCAAGGAGGGUUUCGAUCCCGCCACCUACUUGAUAGGUCCCGAUGAGCAGCUUUCACGCAAGCUGUGCUUCCUGGAGUUCAUCAUGCAUGCGCCGAGCAAUUAUUAUUUCGAUCGCACGACGCCAUUCCCGCUGCCCGAUGUCGAUGACUACACCACGCAUCGCACUGGCGGAUUCAUCUGGACGCGAUUGCCUGUGGUGAAGCGGGAGAGGGAAAGGGAGCGGGAAAAGGAGCGAGAAAAGGAGCGGGAGCGCAAGGCGGCCGCAUAGCAAAGAGCCAGCUGACGUCGUCUUCCAAGCAGGCUUUAAUUUAUUUUAAUUCUUUUUUUUUUGUGUGUCAAACUCAUUUAGAUUAAAAGCAGCACAAGAUGUAA